AUGCCAAAAAGAACAACCUUAACGGACACACAAAAAUUUGAAUUCUGUGUCUAUGCCCGUGAUAAUAAGAAGACCCGCCCAGAAUAUGUGAAGUGGAUUGAAGAAAAAUGGGGGGUCAAAGUUAAUGAGUCUACGAUCACUCGAAUCUUACAAACCAAGGACCAACGACUUUCUAAUGAAAUC